CCACCUUCUAUUUGAUCUAUAUUCUCUGCUACAACUUAGCUUUCUCUUUCAAUGAUUCGGCCAUGUGUUUUUUUACUCUCUGAAUGUAGAGAUCAGUGUGCGUUCGAACGUGACAGUGUGAACAACGAGAAAUAAAAGCAACGAUUGCGCCUCGAGUGACUUUUGUGGAAAAAAGAAAUAUAUUUUGUUAUAUUGUGAGCGACUAAUAAUUGUGUGCGAGUGUGAACAAUGGCCGAGCACGUUGACUUAGAAAUGAUGAAGAUCCUGCGAGAGAAGGUCAAUUGGGAGGUCGAGACGAAGCGACGUGAGUUUCUCCGUCGACUGCGCCCAUUGAUCGAAAACUGGAAGGGCCAACUACCCAACCUUUGGAAGAUGUUUCGAUCCGAAGAAAUCAAGCGUCUCAUCGCGGAUUCCGCAAAAGGCAUUCUCUUCGACAAAGACUACAAUCGCGUCGAUGAAUAUCAACGAUUCAUCGAGUUCGUGAUCCGAGCCGGCUAUGAUAAAGGUGGCCUCAAAUUCAACGAAGUCAUAUUGCUGCAUCAUUUAGCCAAUUUAUAUUACAUUAAUGGUGACCUGUAUUUGGAUGACCCCAAGGUUUCCCGUUGCCUUUUCGACAUAUAUGCCCAAUUCGAUGUGCAUUACUUCGACAAGGAGAGCCGUUCGGAGCAUUUCCACAUGGCCUGUGAAUUCGUCAGUUACCACGUGGUAAAAAAAUUUCUCGAGCUUGGCCAGGAUCCGAAUUGCUUCCACAGAGAAACGGGCGAAUCGCCGCUACACUUGUUGGCUUCGUCGACACGUGACAACGACAACGAAGUCAGACGAACGAUCGAGCUGCUGCUGAGAAACGGCGCCAAUCCGAAUGCAGCCAAUCGGAUGGGAUCGACGCCUCUGCACAAUAUGUGCCGGUUCCGUCAACCCGAAUAUGUUGGCACGAUCGAGAGGUUCUUGUCGGUCUGCGACGAGGUCCGUCAGCGGGUGAACAUCGACGCCCAGGACAAUGAGGGUCGGACGCCGCUGCACCUGGCUCUGAAGCACGACCGUCAGGAGGUGGUCCUAUUGCUGCUGAGACGUGGUGCCGAUCCGAACGCUCGCGAUGCGGAGGGAACGCCUCCGUUGCACCUCGUUGUCCGCGCGCAGAGCCACUUGGUGAGGACUUUCUUCGAGAUCUGCGACGAGAUGCAACGGACGGUGCGGGUUAACGCCCAGGACACGCGGGGUGACACGCCAUUGCACUUGACCUUGCCCUGGGGCGAUAAGGAGGUGUUUAAAACCCUAUUGAGACGCGGCGCAGAUCCGAAUUUGGCCAACCAGUACGGCACGACUCCUCUUCAUGCUGUCUGCUGCAGAGACCGCGACGAUGGAUUCGUCCAGAUCUUGUUUGAGAUCUGUGAUGAAAUGCAGCUGACGGUGCAGAUCGACGCCCGAGACAAGUCGGGUAAGACACCGUUGCAGUUGGCCAUGGAGAAUCUAUUGCCAAACACCGUCGAUGUGCUCUUGAAUCGUGGCGCAGAUAUGUCCAACUGCAUUUUCCCAACUUCAAUUGGAACGGAAGUCCGACUUAAUUCACCGUUAACCUGCAAAAUGAGAGUAGCGUCCGGUGCCCUGGCCGUAGCCGAGCAGCUCGAGGCAAGAGGAUAUAGCUUCAGCCAAAGCGACGCCCUGACGAUCAUGAAAUUCUUUGCUAGACACGAUUUGUUUGAAAAGUCGUCUGAUCUUGAAAAAUCUCUGCGCGAUGAUGAGGAGUUCACGAAACAGGCGAAAAAGGCAAUGAUCAUUCCGAGUCUAUCGCUCUACGAUCUCAUCCACUUAGGACCCGAAGAGGAGGAAAAGCUACUCACGUACAGGGACUACUUCGUGUUCGCGGGUCAAUUAUCAUCAGGUCAUUAUAAACUGAUGAUCCCAGAAAGACAUAAUAAAAAUUGUCUUUUGCAUUUGUGCGAAAAACUAUCGAGAGGAUUUUUUCGACGCUGGGCACUGGACCCGUUUUACGAGUUGAUCCACAAACGAUUGCCGAUUCUCUGCUGCGAACAGAUCUUGGAGAAGCUGGACAACCAAGAUUUGUGCAAUAUCUGCUUGGCGUUUGCAGACCAAGCCUCAUACGAAGCUCGUAGUGAAUGUGUAGUCAGUACAGGUUACGUGGAUAAAAUAAUGGCCCAUAAAGGAGAGCAUGAGCUGGUCCAAGUUGACGAACGAGACAAUUUAGGUAAUACACCAUUGCACUUGGCCAUCAAAUGCGGUGACAAAGAUUCGAUGAAGUUGUUGCUGAGCAAUGGCGCCAAUGCGAAUUGGCCAAACAAAAAUGGAUACACACCCCUGCACCAUAUUUGCAUGCGAAAAAGCGACGAUGGCUUGGCGAAAAUCUUCUUCGAGUGCAACGACGAAAUCAAUCAGCCGCUGCAAAUCGACGCCCAGAACAAGUUGGACCAAACACCAUUGCAUUUGGCUCUGCGCGUGCGCAACACGAGUGCGGCCGAAUUACUGCUGAGAAGAGGCGCCGACCCGAACUUGGUCGACUGGCUUAAAUACACUCCUCUGCACAUCAUAAGCAAAAACUGUUACAGUGACGACUUUAUCGAGUUAUUCUUCAACAUCAGCGAGGAAAAACAUCGGUUGCUGCAUGUCAAUGUUCAAGACUAUGAGGGUAACACACCAUUGCACUUGGCCUUGUACCACGGCCAGUUAAAGUUGGUCGAAUUACUGCUGAAACGAGGCAACGAUCCAAAUAUACCCAAUACAAAUGGAUUCACACCUCUGAACAUGAUGUGCUUAAGUGACCACGUCAAUUGUGACUCGAUGAAGAUGUUCUUCGAGAUCUGUAAAGAAAAAAAUCUGCAGGUGCAGGUCGAUACCGCGGGAAACUGGGGUUGGACACCACUGCACUGGGCUCUUCUUAAACGCGGCAGAGAAGAGAUGAUUGAAUUGCUGCUGAGAAAUGGGGCCAAUCCGAAUAUGGUCAAUAAGGAAGGAUUGACUCCUCUGCACGUCAUUUGCACGAAUUACUAUUACCACGAAUUUUGCGAGAUAUUCUUCAAUAUCUGCGAAGAAUUAAACCAACUUGUGCAAGUCAACGCCCAGGACGAAUUGGGUAAUACACCCCUACAUCUGACUCUGAAACACAAGUACAUGAAGCAAGCCGAAUUGCUGCUAAAGAAGGGCGCGGACCCGAGUAUAGCCAAUGCAGAGGGGUCGACUCCUCUGCACAUCUUCUGUAAUAGACGCCACGACAAAAACGCCUUCAUGAUAGAUCUAUUUUUUGCAGUUAACGAGGUACAGGUCGAUGCACGAGACAAGGAGGGUCGGACACCUUUGCACUACGCCGUUACGAAUCUCUCGUCAUAUGUGGUCGAUGCACUUCUGAAUCAUGGGGCUGACGCGUCGAGCUUCGUUUUUCCAACUGCGAGUCAGUUCAUCGAGAGAUUCAACGAACCGACGGAAAAUAGUGAUUAUCUUAAAUUGGAAAUAAGGUCUUGUGUUCUGUACGUCACCGAACGUCUUGAGGAGAAAGGAUAUCAACUGGACCGAGACGCUACUAUCACGAUCAUAAAAUUGUUCGCCAAUAACAAAUUAUGCGACAAUUGGCUGGAUCUCGACGAAUCUGGUGAUGAAUAUUGUCUGGAUGAACCAUAUUUCACGAGCCAAGCGAAAGAAAUAAUGAUAAUAUCCGACCUGUCGCUGUACGACUUGAUCCAGUUACGACAAAAGGAGGCUGAAAAACGACUCACAUACGCGGACUACUUGAAGUUGGCUCGCUCGGAUAAAUUGAAGACACUCCCCGAAAUUUAUAGUAGUCUUUGUAUCGAACGUGUUUGCGAGAAACUAUCGAGAGGACUUUUUCGGCGAUGGGCACUGGAUUCUUUCUCGAAGCUGAUUCACAACCGACUGCCGAUUCUCUGCUGUGACACGAUCAUGGAUCAUUUGGAGAACAAAGAUUUAUGGAGUAUUUACUUGGCGAACUGCGAUCUAAGCGAAGCGGAGAGAAAUGACCCGCUCAUUGUCUGGCUGCUAACUCUCCACUGUGACAUGAUCAACAUGAUUUUGAAUUUAUGA